AUGAAGUUGAAUUCAUUAUUUAAACAUCAUCAUCGGGCCAGGCGUAUUGUCACCAAAGGAUUCUAUAGUUUAUUUACUGAAUAUGAAACACCCAAAUUAGUGCUGAUACACAGUUCUACGCUGACGAUUCUGCUUCGUAUCAUGCAAAUUAUCCUUCUGAUAUAUUCCAUAUUAUAUUUACUUCUAUACGAAAAAGGUUAUCAGAAGCAAGAUACUUCAAUUGUUUCGUCAUUUACACUGAAAGUUAAAGGCGUUGGCUUUGUUCAAACGGUAACAAAUGAAACUAUCAUCAUUGAUGUCGCAGAUUAUAUAAUUCCUCCGUCAGAAAACGACGCUAUUUUCAUCAUGUCAAAUUUUAUCCAAACAUCUCAAACACGAUCUCAAUGCGCUGAGGCCGUAUCUUUAGAAGAAGCACGAUGUAAAGUCGAUGAUGAUUGCUUGAACAAAGCUGUUUCAUCGAAAGCUAGUGGACGAUGGACUGGUCGCUGUUUGAUAACACCAUCGGUCGGAGUCAUGAAUACUACCGCAAAUCUAACACAACAAUCAACAGGCUUAUGUGAAUACGCAGGCUGGUGUCCAGCUGAAAAUGACGAAGUACAAGCAAUGUAUGUGAAUGAUUUUCUUAAUUUUACGAUUUUUAUAAAGAAUUUCAUCGAAUUUCCAACGUUUCGUGUGAAACAUAAAAAUAUGGUGGAUAACUUGAAAACUUGUAUCUUUCAUCCGAAACAUUCGCCGGAUUGUCCAAUAUUUUCACUCGGUUAUAUACUAAAUCAAGCCGAGAAAGAUCCAAAAGAACGAGAGUUAAUGUUACGUUACGGUGGUGUGAUUAGUAUUAAGCUUGACUGGGAUUGUAACUUAGAUCGAAAAAUUAAUCUAUGUAAACCUGAAUAUACGUUUGUUCGUCUCGAUGUUCCGUUUCGAGAGAAACCGUUUUCGCGCGGAUUUAAUUUUCGCUAUGCUUCGCACUGGAAGUAUCAUGGUGUAAAUCAUCGAACAUUAAUGAAAGCGUACGGUCUUCGACUAAUCAUGGCUGUCAGUGGGAAAGCGGGUAAAUUCGAUCCGAUCACAUUGAGUUUGAAUACCGGAUCUCUCGUGGGAAUUUUCGGUUUGGCAACAUUCUUCUGCGAUAUUAUUCUUCUUCAUUUAUCCAAGCAAUCGCGUAAUUAUCGACGACAUGUUUUUGAAACUGUACAUUUGAAAACACGAACGGAAAGCAUAGUAGGACAGCGGAGAAAUACCGCGAAUGCAGAUGUUUCUACGAAUAGCCAUCUCACAGUCGCACAUGAAACUAUACCGAGAUUUGUACGGCGAUCAACUUCAUUGCGCCCAUUGACUUUGGCUGACAUAGAACGAUCACCUGAAUCACAACCCGUAUGA